CAACAUCACUUCUGCAUGACCGGCUGCCUCACAGAGCAGCCACAUCCGAGCUGCGGUGCCCCUCGACAGCCAGCUAAAGGUUUGCAGUGGAUGAAGCUGGUUACCCAGCGGUGUCUAGUUUCACCGGUACUUCAAGAGGAGAAGGGAGGGGUGGAACAAGUGCCUGGUGACACCAAACAGGCAGGGGGACACGGACCGCAGGCACGUCCAGGUGUGCCCUCACGUCCAGGUGGGCCUCUGCCAGGUGACGCGGUGCCGCGCCCGGAGCCCGCAGGACACGCCGGGCCCUCGCCGCCCCUCCCCUCACUUUCCUCGAAGAUCCCCCGCUGUGCUUGCUCAACCCGGCGGUGCCCGACCGCUUCCGCCGCGCUCCGUGCCCUCGCCCCCGCUGGGCGGCCCCGCGGGCGAGGCCUCAGUCCCGCCUCUCGCUGCCGCGCUCCUUAUAGCCCGGCGGCGGCCGCCUGCCGCAGCUCCCUCACGCCGCCCAGGAUGCUGCGCGCCCCCGCCCCGCCACGGGCGCUGCUGCUCAGCGCGCUGCUGUGGCGCCUGGCCGCCGCCGGCUAUGAAGAACUGCCAACAGCAGUCAAUAUAACUUGGUCUUCAAUUAAUUUUAAAACUAUACUACAGUGGCAACCAAAACCAUCAGGCUACUUCUAUACUGUAGAAAUACACGGACGGACAUCUGACGUAAAGAGAAAAUGCAUACUGACGUCAGAAACAGAGUGUGAUGUUACUGAUGUGCUCAGGAAUGUAAAGGAGACCUAUACAGCACACAUAUUGUCUGUAAUGCCCAUGGAGAUGGAUAACUUUGAAGAGCCACCUUUUGCAGUCUCUGAAAAAUUUACACCUUAUAGUCAGACUGUUAUUGGAAAACCAGAGAUAAAGGAUUAUUCACAAAAAGGUUCCAAACUGAAUGUCGUGUUCAAAGAUCCACUUACACCAUAUCUAUUUCCUAAUGGAAGCUUUCAAAGUAUUCAGGAUAUCUUCCAGCAUGACCUGGAAUACAAACUCUAUUACUGGAAAGAUCAAAGUUCUGGAAAGAAAGAUGUAACAACAAAAAGCCGUACGUUUGAAGUAAGCGUUGACAGCGGAAAGAACUAUUGCUUCUCUGUGCAGGGAGUCAUUCCCUCCCGCAGAGAAAACCAGAACGGCCAGGAGAGCACGGUGCUCUGUACCAGUGUAGGAACGAGCAUCCUGGACGAAUAUGGAACAGAAGUCUUUAUCAUCAUAGCAGUGAUAGCAGUUGCUGUUAUCACUCUUGCCAUUGUCCUAUCAGUGGUUCUGUGUAAACGCAAGAAAGCAAAGAAAGCAAGAGCUGUGAGAGAAAAGGAGCUGCUUAAUGGUGUCUAAGGAAAAAGUAUUGCAGACACUAGUGGCAGUACCAAAGCAAAAAAAACCCAGCAACAAAAAAAACUAAAUUGGGUAAUUGGGUGGAGCCUUUUAGGCUCUCUGAAACAGGAAUUCUGAAGCCCAAACUUUACGUGGAUUACAAACUCCACUAGACAGUCCAGAAGAAAAAUCCACAUAUCAGGAAGCUCUGUGUCAUUAGUGGCCAGAGGCUGGAAGAGCAUUCUGGUGACCUGUUACAAUCACAGAAUCAUAGAAUAUGCUGAAUUGGAAGGGGCCCAACUCGACUCAAUCAAGAU